AUGGCGAGAAGGGAAGUUCUGAGCGCGUACCGCGCGCUUCUGAAAGCGACUCGGAAAACAUUCUCCGGCGACACUGUGAUGCUGAAGGAAUCGGCGGUGGAGGUAAGGAAGAAGUUUGAGGAGAACAGGGAUGUGAGCUCCAAGGCGGAGAUCCAGAAGCUUCUCGAAGAAGCCGGCGAGGCUUCCGAUUUCAUCACCAACAUGAUUGUCCAGGCACAGCUCAACAGCGAUGCCGGAAGUUACGUGGUGAAGCCGGGUAAAGAGCAUGCCGGAGCAACACUUGAACUCCCCUCCGAAGAAAUUAUUCGAAAGUCAGGAUAA